AUGCAAGUGCGAAAGGAAUGCACGGGUAAAUCUUACAUAGCAAAAGCCGUAGCGACGGAAGCAGAUAACUCGACAUUCUUCUCGGUUUCCUCAUCGGAUCUCAUGUCUAAGUGGCUUGGUGAAUCGGAGAAGUUGGUUAAAAAUCUUUUUGCGCUCGCUCGUGAACACAAACCGUCGAUUAUUUUCGUUGAUGAGAUUGACUCGUUGUGUUCAUCGAGAUCAGAUAACGAAAGCGAAAGUGCGCGGCGCGUGAAAACCGAGUUCAUGGUACAAAUGCAAGGUGUUGGGCUGAACAACGAUGGUGUUCUGGUGCUUGGAGCUACAAAUAUACCAUGGAUUUUAGAUGCUGCUAUUAGAAGGCGUUUUGAAAAACGUAUCUAUAUUCCGCUUCCUGAAAUGAACGCACGUAAAGAUAUGUUCAGACUCGAUGUUGGACGCAACAAUAACAAUUUAACCGACAAUGAUUACAAGAUAUUGGCUGAGCGUACAGAAGGCUACUCUGGUUAUGACAUUAAUAUUCUAGUCAAGGAUGCUUUAAUGCAACCGGUUCGACGUGUGCAAUCUGCUACUCACUUUAAAUAUGUGAGUGGACCAUCACGAAAGGAUCCUUCGAUGAUAGUGCACGAUCUGCUGACACCUUGUAGCCCUGGUGAUCGCGGAGCGAUGGCUAUGAGCUGGCUCGAUGUGCCCGGAGACAAACUAGCUGAACCUAUACUUACCAUGCAAGACAUGUUGAGGUCGCUUGCUACAGUAAAACCGACAGUUAACAAUGCCGAUUUGACGAAAUUGGAGCAGUUUAAGAAUGAUUUUGGUCAAGAAGGAUGA